AUGUUCGGGAGCAGAGACAAGAGGAACUCUAACCUUUACUGUUUGUACCAUCGAGACAUCGGGCAUGAGACCGAAAACUACAACGACUUCAAAAGGGAGAUCGAGCACCUUAUUAGGCAGGGGCACUUAAAGCAGUUCAUCCGUCGAGGUGGAGGUCAUCAACAUAACGAACCUCGACGCGAUGGUCGGGGUGAUCAUGGCCGAGACAAACGGCGGACGUUGAGAGGCAGCUGUAGACCCCCUGAGGAUCCCAAGGAGACAAAAAGGCCUCCCGGAGACGGAUCUUUAGGUCAUGGACUAGGGUAUGGACCGAACAUCGUCGGGGUCAUCAACACCAUCACCGGAGGUCCGACGGGAGGGGAUAGUCAGAACUCUCGGACGAGGACCUACAGGCAAGCUAACUCGGAUCAGGCCGAGUCAAGCUCUAGCCUAUCCGAAGUGAUCUCUUACGGACCCAACGAUCAAGUCCCUGCUGCCUCGAGUAGCCAUGAAACUCUGGUGAUUGAGGUGCUCACCAACAAUUACAUUGUCAAGAAGGUCUAUGUUGACCCAGGGAGUUCGAUAGACAUCAUGUACCUCCGGACUUUUGAGAGUCUCAAGUUGACCAAGAAGUAG